AUGUUCGAAGAAGCGGGCUUCACCUUCGCUACGCACAACGGCGAUGAGCCGCUUAAAAGAAAUCGCACGAUGACUCCUCUCUCCCGAUUCCCCACUCUCCUCUAUGGAGUCUCUCGCACAUCGCAUUCUUCGGUCCCUCCCGUACCUUUUUUCCUCUUAUCUUCAUUCUUCCAGACCUCCAUCGUCCUCUCCACCGAGCUCAACUUCAACAGCACGGUGAACCCGAAAGCCCAAUCAUCCCCAUCGGAAUGUCCCUACACCAUCCCUUCUCCGAUUUCCCUUCUCCUCGCCGUGGCCCGCAGCCUGCAGCGUCCAGACGCAUCGUCCGCCGCGCUGGGGCACUCCGUGGUGCUGGCGAUCCACCUCAACAAAUACGCUCCCUCGCGAAAUCACGUGAUCAAUCGAAACGACCUCCGCCAUCUUGCCGCCAAAAUCGAUCUCCCGCUCUUCGCCAUCCACCUCGAAGCGCCCGGAAACACCGUGCCCCUCUCCCACACCUUCGACGGCUUCGCGCUCCGCGCCGACGGACUCAACGGGCGUUUCGCCUCGCUGGAUUUUGUCUCCGUGCUCUUGAAAUCCCUCCGAAUUGUGGAGUUCCAGAAUUCGCGGUCUUUCUAUUUUUCCUAUUUUCGGAACUUUUUCGCCGCCGCCGCCAGCCGUUACCGCGGGAUUCAGCAGGAAUCCAUUUUCAACGCCAUCCCCGCGGUUGCGCUGGAGAUUCGGUCCACGCCGGCUUCCCUGCAGCAGCGCACGCGUCACGGGCAGAAAACCGCGGUUCACGAGCUGCUCCACGGACUGAAAUUGGCGGGAACCAUGGCGGGAGCGGUGGAGGAGCGGAUUUCCCGCGGGGACACGUUCUACCUGCCUCUGUUUUCCCCGGUUUCCCCGAUUCCUCGGUACGUCCAUCGCCUGGACCUGCUGAUCCCCGCGGUUCUGCUGAUUCUGGCGGUGUUCUGCGCGGUGGAAGGCUCGGCAAAGCUCGGCACGCCGGGCAAAGCCGGGCUGGCGUAUCUGGGCCUCACCGCGGGAGUGACGGCGUUCUAUUGGUGGCUGAGCGCGGUGCUGGGGGACGCGCAUAGCCGCGGGGAAAUCCCGGACGGGUUCAGCGUGUUCAUGGUGCUGGUGAUCGGGUAUUCGGUGUGGGCGUAUGACCGCGUGGUGUUCCCCGCGAUGUUCGUGCAGCGCGGGCUCUGCAGCGAGGCGCAGUGCAGGCGAAGCAUCGGCGCGGUCGCGGGGCGCGUGACGGUCGUCGGCUGCACGGCGCUGCUGCUGCACAACUGCGAGUUAACCGCGGUGAUCGCGGGCGCGUGUGUGCCGUUUUUGCUGCUGAACGCGGUGAGCGAGAGCCAGAGUGUGCGGUUUGCGGUGUUGUGGGUGUAUUCGGCGGCGAUCGCGGCGCCGUUCGUGCUGAUGCUGCGAGAGGAAUGUAGGGAAGGAUAG